GAAGUCGUGUGCGCUCUCGCAGCUGGGGCUUAACACUGGUGUGGAAAAGAUGGCUGCUUCGGCGGCAACGGCGAGUUCUCCCCCCGGUUUGUGUCCAAAUUACGCCGUGAUUUGUUCGUUCCUGGAGCGGUACGGAGCCCUGUUGGAUUUACCGGAGCUCACCUUUCCUCAGCUGGAGAGAUACCUGCAGGACACGUCCUCAGUUCCAAAGCUGCUGGUUGAUCUUCACGUCAAGUUGCUGAGGAAGAUUGGGAAGUCGGUGUCUGCAGACAGAUGGGAGAAGUACCUCGCCAAGAUAUGCCAGGAGUUCAACACGACGUGGGCAUGGGAGCUGGAACAGAAGGGAUACAAGGAGCUGUCCAUGGAGUGCAAGACGGGCAUACUGAAAUAUUUAUGCGAGAUCCAGUUUGACGAAAACGUGAAGUUCAAAACCGCCAUCAAUGACGAGGAUCCGGAUAAAAUGCGGCUGCAGCCGAUCGGCCGGGACAAGGAUGGACAGAUGUACUGGUUCCAGCUGGACCAAGAUGACAACGUGCGUGUUUACGUGGAGGAGCAGGACGACUUGGACGGGGGGUCGUGGAAGUGCGUCGUCAGAACUAGAAAUGACCUGGCCGAGGUCGUUGCUCUCCUGAAGACACAAAUCGACCCCGAGUUGCUGAAGAAAGACCUGGAGCAGAAACGUAAACUGGAAGGGGAGACAGACAAAGAUAAAGGUGACACUAAAAAGACUGAAGACACGUCAGAUGAAGACCACAAAGAGAUAAAUGAAGUAACACGAAACUCGGAGUUGAAACCUGAGCCCAAAUUGUCGCUAAAUGGUGUCAUCGAAGCUAAACUGGAGCCAGAACUCGCCUCAGAAAACGUCAGCACAAAAGCUCAGAGCAUCAAAGAAGAGCUGGUGGAGGCGGCAGACUCUAAAUCAACUCUGAAUGAACCAGCGCUACCCUGUGUGGCUGUAAAAGGAGAAGAGGUGAGGAAGGGCAGCUCAGAGGAGAUCCAGCAGCCCACAAAAAAUGACCAGCAGGCUAAAAUCCCUCUGAAAAAACGGGGAAUGAAGUUCAGUGAGGACUUUGGUGAGAAAAACGGGGCCAUAACAACACAAAAUGUAUCGGUUCCCGAGUCAAAUCCUGAGCAGAAAAUUCAGAGAGUAAAUGAUCAGGUUAACGGGGAAGUUCUGCCUCAGGCAGACAAAGACGCCAAUGAGCAGACAAGUAAAGAUAAGUCCAGGGAAAACAUUCCUCCAGCUGCAGAUGAGGUUAAAUUACUCCAGGGUGAGUCAACAAGAACGGAAGAGAAGCAAACUAAAAACAGGGAAGCACACAAACCUUCUCAAGAACUAACAUCUGUAUGUAAAGACGUGGAGAAAUCAUCUAACCUGGAAGAGAAAAUUAAGCAAUCCAAAUCAGCAGAUGGGAAAGGUUCUUCUACAAUCAAAUCGACCACAGUGAAAGAAACCCAUAAAGUAAAGUCAGACAAGUUAAAUCACAACGUGAAGUCUCACAAGUCAGCUAAAAUGGAAAUGAGCGUUCACAAGUCCGAUUCAUCUGAAACUAGAGAGAGGCUGGAGAGUAUCAAAAUAAACGAGAAGGGUCCUGCAGAGAAGGAUCAUGCAGAGGAGAAGAAGGAUCCUGCAGAGGAGAAGGAGAAGGGUCCUGAAGAGGAGAAGGAGAAGGGUCCUGAAGAGGAGAAGGAGAAGGGUCCUGCAGAGGAGAAGGAGAAGGGUCCUGAAGAGGAGAAGGAGAAGGGUCCUGCAGAUAAAGAUCCUGCAGAGAAACCUAAAGCCACCACAUUACAGUGUGCUGAUGCAAAAAUAGACAAACUGUUCAUUACUGACAAAUCAGGAAAGAGAAGAGAGCCGCCUCAUGUAAAAGACAAAUCAGAAUCAUGUAAACAAAAUAAGAAAAGUGACGAUAUCAAAGAAAUGAGUUCAGAAAAUCCAAAAGAUGUAAAGAAAGAUUUAAACUGCAAAAACAGUACGAUAUGUGACUUCAGGCCGACUGAAGAAGAGGAAUCGGAAGAUAAACACAAACUGUUGAAGACGCAAGACAAUUAUAAAACAGGGAAAAACUCUGAACACAAGACAUUAAAAGCCUGUGAACAGACCGAUGAACCAUCCACUCCUGCUGAGAAGAAAAAAGCCUCCAAAGAAACCGAAUCUGAGAAAGAGGAGAAACAAGUGUCCAAGGAAACCACAGCUGAGCGUCUGUCAUCAGAAAAUAAGAAAGAUGCCAACAAGGCAAGUAAAUAUGACUCUGAAAAUAAAAAUAUUUCACACCUCAAAGGAAAAGACGGGGAUUUUUUAACUGAUGAUCCCCAAAAAAGUGAAGUGGAUCAAGAAACUCAAAAACAAUACAAAACCUCUACAAACCACAAGGAGUCUAGUCCAACAAAUUCAAGCAAAGACUCUGAAUCCUCAAAAGAAACAAAGGAAAAACAAACCAAAGGAACAGCCAGCGACGCACCCGCAGAAAAAGACUGCGAAACGAAACAUGAAGUGGUGCAGAACGGUGGCAACGCUGCAACAGAAGGGGGCACAAGGCGAAGAAACAAGCCUCUGGUGCACCGGAGAAGAGCUGAGCUCCAGAGAGAGGAGCGCCAGGGAGACUCUGAGACAGACACAAACACUGGGAGGUGUCUUAGGAGGUCACCGAGGAUCUCCAGACCAUCACAGAAAGCCGUAGAAGUCCAGGAGAAGAAGACCGAGAAGCCUCAGGCUGCUCCUCUGCCUCAGAAACGCAAGGAUGAAAAAGACGACAAAAGAGAGGAUGAGGAAGAGACGGAGGUGAAGACUGUUCAAAAGAAACCUAAAGAGAGAAAGGUUCAUCAGGAAAGCCAGCCCAAACCCAAAGGGAGAAAAAGACGGAGAACUCGGUGGUCCAACACACGAACGCGCCGGAAAAAGAAAAACUCCGACGAUGAGGACAAAAACAGCGACGAGGACUCCAGCGAAGAGGAGGAGAGUGAAGAGGAGGAUGACAGCGAUGAGGAUUUCAAGGUGGAACGAAACAGAAAGAGGAGGAACCGGAACAGAGAAAGACGGAGCUCAGAUUCUUCCACGUCUUCCGAUGACGAUCUACCUCCGAAUGACGACCCCUGCAAACACUGUGGUCUCCCCAAUCAUCCUGAGCUGAUCUUAUUGUGUGACUCGUGUGACAGCGGCUACCACACAGCCUGCCUCAGGCCUCCUCUCAUGGUCAUCCCGGAUGGAGAAUGGUUCUGCCCGCCCUGUCAGCACAAGCAGCUCUGCGACAAACUGGAGGAGCAGCUCCAAAACCUGGAUGCUGCGUUGAAAAAGAAAGAACGGGCUGAGAGGAGGAAGGAGCGGCUAAUCUAUGUGGGAAUCAGCGUUGAGAACAUCAUCACGCCUUCUGUGGAGGUUGAAGAAGAAAAGCCUGAGAUCAUCAUCAAGGAGAAGAAAGAAGCAAAGCGCAGUAAGAGCUGGGGUCGGAGGUCGACGAGGGCGAAGAAAACCAUCAGCUACAGAUUUGAUGAAUUUGAUGAAGCCAUUGAGGAGGCCAUUGAGGAAGACAUCAAAGAAGCAGAAGGUGGAGGAGCCGGUCGAGGUAAGGACAUGGCUAACAUCACAGGUCACAGAGGCAAGGACAUCUCGACUAUCCUCCAAGCAGAGGAAGGUAAAGAGAACGGCCGACCUCCACGACCCAAUGCCGCUCAGCGCAGGAAGAAACGGCGCCGACUUAACGAUCUGGACAGCGACAGCACUGUGGACGAAGAGGAGAGCGAGGAAGAGUUUCGCCUCAGUGAAACCUCGGAAGAAGAGUUUGUUGGGUCCGACAACGAGACGGAACCAGAAACUGAAGCGGACUCGAAUGGCAGCGACUUCGGCAGCAACCGCAGCGGUAGGCGCCGCCCUUCUUCAUGGAACAGAAAGCCUCAGAGAUCCAGGCAGAGCUCCAGGAAAAGGAGGAGACCAAAGUGGUACUCGGAUGACGAAGAGGAGGAGACGGAUGAAGUGGAUGAGGAGGAAAUAGAGACAGAGCGCUCGAGCGAUUACAGCGACAGCGAUCUGGACAUGAGUCGGCGCCGUUCUCGCCGGAGCCACAAGAAGGAGGUGAACUACUGCGAGACGUCAGAGUCCGAAGGCUCUCAGGCUGAAAGUAACCGGGCCAAAAUGAAACCCAGACGGCGCCAGGAGAGUUCUGACAGUGACGCGAGUUUCUCCAGAGAUUCUGAGGAGGAGUCGAAGGACCUAAAGUUGAAGAGAAGAGUUGACUCCUCGGAAGAAGAUUCUAGGCAGCGACGCAGGCGCCUAGCACUGAAACGCAGGAGAGCAUCUGAAGAGGACGACUCGGACUCGGACGACUCUUCAGAGGAGGAUCGUCCCAUUCGUAAGCGGGUGAACCGCAUCGACUCGGACGAUGAUGACGAGGAGCCUGAGAAGAAGCCCGCGGAGGAGGAGCCAAAGGGAACAAACUCGUUGGACAGUUGUCCGACAGAGGCGCAGCCCACAGACAGACAGAGCGCGACAAAGAACUUAGACGGCCUUGGCAGCCACCCUGUCGCUGCUGCUGCUGACGCUCCGGCUCUCAUUCCACACCUGGAGACGCCUAAAACGGUCAGUUCCACAGCAUCUGUUCCCAGCGCACCGAACGGACUGGCGGGCCAGGAAAUGGCAGCGCAGGAUGAAGACGAGGACGACCUGUUAGGAGUCACAGACUUGGUUGACUACGUCUGCAAUAAUGAACAAUUUGUGGAGCUUGAUUCUCAUCAGUCUCACCAACAGAAAGAACUGGGUCUCCAUCACCAGUCUAAUCCUGUCCCAGUGGGGCUGUGAAACCAGUAAGGGCACCAACAUAUCAUCUUAGAUCCUCCAGUUCCACUGCCAAACCUUCCUCCAGAUGUGUCGUCAUUUCACCUCUCAUCUACCUGGUUGUUUUUAGAUUUGUACCUGUUUGUUUAAGCACUAAUGUAUGAAAUCUGGCACUGAAACAGUUUGUAUUUUGUCUGAGAUUAGUUGUCUAACUUAAAAUAUCAUUCCAUCCUUGACUCAAAGUUUGUGGCAUCGUUUUAAAACAGUAGUUUCAUGGGUUACAUGGGUUAGAAGAUGAAUGCCACCCUCACGUCUUUUUAUUCUGAAUUAUGGAGUUGGUUUAAACAAUCUUUGGCUAAUAUAAUAUUUCCACAGAAAUGAUGUGUAAUAUGCAAAAAAAACUCCAAGUUUACUUGCUGCUCUUGUCUGACAUCUAGCGGUUGUCCAGGGUGUCUUUCGGGACUUCCACAAGUUAAAACAGGUGUUCAACUUCUGCGUUGUAGUUGCCAAAAUAUCUAAAGUAGUUAUAAGGCUGAAGAUUUAUUCACAUAAAUCAACCUACACACAAUUUGUGAGCUUCCAGAUUCAAAUUGUAUGUCUCUUGAGGUGAAAUUUUGAAUUUUUUAAAGAAUUCUUCAAUUUAUAAAGCUUUUCUUUCCCCUUUUAGCUGAAAAAGGUUCCACUGUAAAUUACAUAUUUAAUAAGCUAACCCUUAAAACAGCUGGGAUGAUUCUGGUCACACUGCUGUCUGGAAAUCUUUUUGCCCCUUUUUCUUCUAUAAUGCUCCAUCUGUCUGUGUUCAAGGUGUGAAUGUCUGUGACCAACCUGUGUUUUUUAAUACCCCACCCCCCCACCCCCCGUAUCCUCUUUUUGAGUUUUUGUAUUUGAGCAAUAGAGUAGCUUUUUGUAUAUUGUAUACAUUGUGUAAUUAUUUGCAUUCUGUGUAUUGCCAUCAGCCCCAGUGGUGAGCUGUCCGUUAUUAAGAGUUGUUUUGCGGAAACAAAAUCAAAAAGUUCAACCAUUGUCCCUCCUAAUCCCCAGAUCUUGUCCAGUGUGUUCGUAUUUCAUUUGUCACGUUAUUUUAUGUAUUUUUUUUUUUUUGUAUAUCUAAUCUAUGAUUUGUCUCUUGGCGUAAAAGUGUCUUAUUUUUUCUACAUUGUCUCUUGUAGGUAUAUAAUUGUGCAGAUACAUCAUGUUUGACAACAUACCAUCAUUUUUUUCCACGUUCUUCUUUCCCACAUUUUCUAGCACUUCUUCUGUUUUCAUAAUCUUGAACCCAAGUCAGGUUCCCUGACUUCACCCCCAGGAUCAAGAUCAUGAAAAUUCUGUAUAAUAAACAGUUUGGAAGAAAAGUUAAGUUUUUCACAGAGGGAAUAGACAUAAAAAUGAAAACCGAAGACUAUACUGACCUCUGCUGGAACCAGUCUCUCUGUAUAUCUGUAGUUUUUGCUGUAUUAUAUUUAGAGGCAUUUUGUAAUCAUGGAAAAAUAAAUAUAUUGGGCAAUUCUUUGGGAUUGCAUGGGUUUCUAAUAGUUUUUUUUGUAGGGAAGUAAUAUUGGCACAACAGUUUUUAAAGAUAAAUUAGAAGAUAGAAGAUCUGGGCAUGUUUUACAAAUGUUUAUCUCCUGGCCUCUUGUGUUGUCUUGUAGGAGACCAAGUACUGGCACGUCACUGGAGUUGAAUGGGAAGCUAAAAAUCGGUGGUCAGCUGUAUCUGAUUUCAGAGGUAAAAUCUAGCCUGUUUGUAAAAUAUUUUGUAAAUUACUCUGAGCACGGUCUGCACAGAGGAUAAGUCACUUUGUAGCAAAAACACGACUUCAAGGUGAAAAAAACUAUACGUGCUGCUUGCAGUGCCCCCAAGUGUUACAGUAAUUAGCCUUCAUGGGGACAAAAUUUAGCCAACCUGAAUAUAAAAGUAUAACGAAUGUGUAUGUUCCAGUGGGUUGAGGAAAGAAAUGUAUUGAUAUGUAUUGCAUAGAAACAAGUUUAGUGAGGUUUGUGAAAAUGACCAGUGCCAAUGACUGAAGUGUUAACUGUCCUCCUUUUUACCUCAUGAAGCUGGGAAGAAAGAAACCCUGUCCACUGUGCAUAGUUCCUAGUAGACGGAUUGUGUAUUGUCUGCUAUAUUACUUUUGUUUGUUUACUGCUAUUUCUUAUGGAUUGGCUCUCUUGUACAUUUGUUAUAAUAAAUUUGGUUUUAAGCCUUA